CUCCCCUUAAAACGUUCCAUGGUUAACUUGUCGCUUAGCAAUGACGUAAUAGACACGAGCCGGCAGAUUCGCGAAUAUGGCGGCGGGCUUGAACAUUAGCACAGUAAUAGAGGCUAUACAAGUUUUGACAGCGCCAAGAGAUUCUGGCCAAGCCCCUCCUGAAACAGAUAAACAAUCUAGUCUGUUGAACACAUUAAAGCUCAGUGUGUCCACCUUGGAGGAGAGGAUUUCUAAUACCCCAGAAUGGAAGGAGUUAAAUAAUAUGAGGAUGAAGUUGAUGGCACAGACCAAGUGGUUAGAAGGAUGCUUCAGUAGUCCUACAGACCCACACUGGAGGUUCACGUUAGAAGCUUUGCUCUUGCUUUUGUGUUUAAAGGAAUGUAUGCUUGAGUUGGUUGCUUCUUUCCAGCCCCCAAAACCAAACCCCAGAACUCCUGAAGUGGCCCCAGCUUUAAGCCCAAACACACUGAGCAUCUCACAACAGAAGAUUGUCCAGUCUGUGUUGCAGUUUGUGGUAUCUCUGGGCAUCUGCCCUUAUCUUCUGCCUGGUGUUGGCUUACCUAUCCAACAGCGUUCAGAAUUUGGCGCUCUUGUAUAUUCUCUUGUGAACUGUGAAACCCCUAUUGUUCAUACACGCAGGCUCUUUAUUUCCUGUUCAGCCCUUUUGGAGGUGUCCUGUCAUUCAUCACUGGGGAGCAUAUUGUUCACACAUUAUCUGGGAGACCUAAUGGCUGCAUUAUGCCAGCUUGGAUUCUGUCCUUCCAAAAAAAAUGUUGAGCAGAGCACCGUAGAGAAGCUAAAGGAUCUGACAGAGUGUGAAAGGAGCCAGUGUAAGAAGUUUCUCAGAAAUAUCCUGGAUCAGGUGUACCAGCCUCUGGUUAUCAGAGAGCUGCUGCUCUUACAAGGAGGUCCAAGACAGGGGAUAAAAUCUUCUUGUAGCAAAACAACUGAGCGGGCGUCUGCCCCAGCUUGGCUGCGGCGUCUUUCUGGGCAUCUGCUAUCUGAGCGUUUAAUGAAGCCACAUGGUGUACAAGCAGUUGUAAGAGGGAUCCUGGAAGGAGCUGGAGCUGGUUCAGUUGGAGGCCGUGAUGCAGAAUCUGCUUCCAGCAACUGGAAGAAAUGUGAUGCAAUUGCAAGAAUACUCUCUUCCUGCCCCCAGCAAUCCCUCACUGUUGAGGAAUAUUACCAAAAUAUAUGCCCACAGAUUCUAGAUCUGCUGCAUAUUCAGGACACUUUUACAGCACGCCAGUUUCAAAGAGUUGCCACAGAAACUUUCCUGGCAAUUGGGCAGACAGAGCCAAAGCUGGCAGAAAAGCACCUAAUUUUGCCUAUGAUAGAACCACUACUGCGAUGGACCCAUGCACCCCAAGAACCCCUUUGUGCUCCAGGACAUAUUCUGGUGGCAGAAAAUGAACUUUCUCGAUGUUUAGAAGAUAUCGUGAAGGUCUUUGUGGUAGGAAACAAACCCACCCCAACUCUGCUGCAUCAUACUAAUCAAAUUCUCUCUGCCAUCUUUUCCUUGCAUUGUUUUGCUCGGCAAAACGUGUCGCACUUACGUUCCCCUUGCCAAGAUGUCUUGCUUUGGUACCUGGACAAGUCAGAGAGAGAAUCUGCACUCUCAUCACUGGCAGGGUUGUCUGCGAUUGAUACUUCAUUACCCACUCUUCCCAACUAUCUUCAGAUUAAGCCAGCCAGUCAUGGAGGAGCAAUGGUAUACGUGAAAGAAAAGUACAUUGCUGAUGAAGAUGAUGAUGAUGAUGUUCUUUACGAGAAAAUGUCACGGGAGCAGUGGAGAACAGAGUGUCUGGUGGAACUGCUUUCUGUCAGUCCCAGUAGAGGUUUGGCUGCUGAUUUCUUUCUACUGUGCCUUAAGAAGCUGAUCCCCCUCAGUGUGGUUAAGGACAAAGAAGAGCCCGCUUCCUGCCAUGGUAUUAAUCUACUGGAUCUGGAGAGGAUGCUUGCCAUGUCUCAUGAGUCACAGGAGAAGCAGCUGCAGUUACUGCAAGUUCUGUCCGUGUUGUGUGAGAAGAUAUCUGACUCCAUUUUUACUGAUAUUCAGCAGGUUGUAGAAUUUGUGUAUGUGACUUUGGAGCGGGCUAGUGCCAGCUUAGCACUUUCCCAAGCUGGCACCUUAGCUGCACAGACAUUAAGCAUGGCAAUGGGACUGGUGGCUGCUAUGCUAGGAGGAGCAGUUACGCUAACAUCCAGUGAUUUUGAGCACUUAAAGAAGUUACUGCCUAUGCUGGAAAGAGUGUCUCUCUCACACUCAGAUCCAGUUAUACAGGAGCUGGCCAAAGACUUGCGGAUCAGCAUAGCAACGCAUUGUGCCGUUCAACUUCCCAACAGGACAUUUCAGGAUAAAGCCACAGCCCGUACAGGAGAGAACAAGCAAUCAAAGCAUGAAACAAAAACAACCAAUCCAGUUGCUGAUCUGCAGAACUUCAAGGAGAUCCUAAACUCGGCUGAUGAUUCUGACAUCCCAACAAGGGCAGCUGCUCUGCGUACCUUAACACGCCUUUUGGAGCAGAGAAACCCCCUGGCACUGGAGCACAAUGAAAAACUAUUGCAGGUAUUCGUAGAAAACCUGGAACAAGAGGAUUCCUUUGUGUAUCUAUCAGCAAUACACGGUGUUGCUGUUCUUUCUGGAGAAAUUCCUGAACAUGUAUUGCCUGUCCUACUAGCACAGUAUGGGAACACUGCCCCUACUGAAAACAAAGUGCAUUCGCCUGAGACCAAGAUAAAAGUAGGGGAGGCACUAAUGAGAUGCACAAGAGCAUUAGGUAAUCUGGUGUUGCGGUACAAAGACUCCCUCAUCCAUGCCUUCCUGAGAGGCUCAAAAGAUCCAGACAGCUCUCUGAGGGCCAGCAGCCUUUCCAACCUUGGGGAACUUUGUCAGCAUUUGCAGUUCUCUCUUGGCACAGUUGUCCAUGAGAUUAGCUCCUGCUUAUGUGCUGUGGUAAGAACUGACCCAGAAGCACAAGUGAGAAGGGCCGCCAUUCACGUUGUGGUGUUGCUUUUGAGAGGAUUAAGUGAAAAGGCUACUGAGGUGUUACGUGAAGUACUUCUGGACCUGUACCGUUUGUUGAAGUUUGUUGUUCAGUGUGAGUCGGAUUCAGUGUCGGUGCUUCAUGCUCAGCUGGGCCUGGAAGAACUGGACAACAUUAUGAGGGCUGUUCUAUUCCCGAAACAGAAGCUAGAGAAGAAAAUUAUCGUUCUCCCUUAACUUAGAAAGAUUUACAAUAUGGACUCGUUUUAUACAUGCUCUACUCUACUCUGCUCUGCCAAAUUAUGACAAACUGAACACAUACAUUACCUGCCUAUACAGUCACCUAGUACCCUGGCUGUUUUUGGAAAAUCCAUUUAUCAUCAUUAUCAACUGGACUCCAGUUAAUUGUACCUAUAUUUAUACACAAAGUUAUCUAGCAACACAGAAACUGUUUCUACCAUACCAUGCCUGUGUACCAUAAAGCUU